UGCAAGGAAACAUGCUAAGAUAUUAUUCUAGAAAUCAAUUCUUCUUGUCGCAGAUAGGUAUUUGGCCUUAUCAGUCUAAGAUGAUAAAGAUAUUGCUACCGUGUUUUAUAAUAAGCAGCUUAUUAUCUAUUCUUGUACCUCAGGUGUUUUUGCUGUACAACAGUUGGGGUGAUAUGAAUAUGACUGUCGAAGGUAUAGUUAAUAUUAUCCUUGUCACUGGCGCUACAACAAAAUUAGUUAACAUUGUUACGAAUAACAAAAAGUUACAAUAUUUGUUACAAGUAAUGGACGAACAUUGGCGGCUCUUUCAUGGCAAGUGCGAGCUUCAUAUUUUAAAGCGUUAUGCUAACAUUGGCCAACUAAUAACAAAAUAUUACUCAGUAUACAUUAACAUAUUCGUAGUACUGUUCUUGUCAAUACCGUUGAUACCAAAAAUUCUAGAUGUCGUAAUACCGUUGAAUCAAUCACGGCCAUUUAUAUAUGUGCUUGAGGGAGACUGGGGAGUAGACAAAGAAAAAUAUUAUUAUCCAAUUAUGUUGCAUUGCUAUCUUGCAAUUAUAGUUGGUACUAGAUGUUUGGUGAAUAUUGAUACUAUGUAUGUGGUAUGUGUGUUGCAUGGUUGUAGUUUAUUUAAUGCUAUUGGCAUUCGUCUUGAAAAUAUCUUGUCUAAGGCUAAACUUAUGCAACACGAGCAAAUAAUGAGCUUAGAAUACGCAGUAAUAAAAGAAUAUUAUUCUGAAGAUUAUCAUGAGAUGAUUGCGUGCUUAAAAAAACAUCAACUUGCAAUAAAAUACAUUUAUAUGCUAGAUUCUACAUUCAAACAUGCGACAUUUCUCAUCUUAUUUUUGAACGUAAUGAUUCUGAGUUUAGUCGGACUACAACUAAUCAAUAAAUUUGGACAAACUCAGGAAGUGAUAAGAUUUGGAUGCAUAGUUAUGGGAUCGAUCACUCACCUCUUGAGCAUGUGUUUACCUGGACAAUUACUUUUAGAUAGAAGUAUAGAAAUUUUCGACAAAGCGUAUAGUGCACAAUGGUAUAUGUUUUCGCUAAAAACAACAAAGUUAUUGAGUAUACUUUUACAUAGAAGUUUGGUACCUUGCACGUUGUCGGCUGCAAACAUGUAUAUUAUGUCGAUGACUACGUUUAGUUCCGUGAUGCAAACAGCCAUGUCAUACUUCACUACCUUUUUAUCAGUCAGCUAAACAUGUAAACUAAAAUACUGCAUUUA